UUGUUCUAUAAAUAGUCGACCCGCAAUUCGUCGAUAGAUGCCGUCCGUGGCGCCCACAGGGGACCUCCUCUUUUGCUGCGGGACGUCGUCGUCGUUGGAGCCGAAACGAGGCCGAUCUCUCCAGCACCCUGCCAAGAAGCUUGACAGAAAGCAACCCAAGGCCGUCCCGGCUUAUUCGUUGUUUUCCCCGCGCACAGACGAUGACAUGGAGAAAAUGGUGGACGUGCUGCGGAAGUCGCUGCACCUGACUAAGCCGAGCACCGCGCCAGCAUCGUCGCUCCCGCACGGUGUCGUCAAGCGCCGCGUGUACCUGUCGCCUCGGGAACGGGUUCACAGCUCCGCGAUUCGACACAACAUGAGCGUCCUCGGCGCCCCUCCGGCGGCGUUGCGACAGACCAGCCCGGGUGUUGACAAACUCCCAACACUCGCCAAGCCAAUCGAGUCCACGGCCAGAACCUCCACCCCUGACCCCGACGAACGGUCAGAAGGAUCGCCGAAUCAAGCAGCAGCAGUGUCCACCACCCCCAGGCUGUUUCAGUCCAAAUCUGCCGACGAUAUUCUAUCCAACAACGCCACCAAUGCUGCCACACUUAUCGACCACUCAAAGUCAUGCUCGGAUUUAGACACCAUCCGCAGUCAGUUGGCAUUUGGUGGAUUCCACGUCGAAUUUGAAGAGCCCGAGACCACCGAAGACAAUGCUCCGACAUCUCCCAUAGGCCCGUGGAUGAACCAGGGAGAUGGAGUGCUCCGCCAAGUGGCAGCGACCGCCAGCUCCCCCCGCUCUCGACUGCUUUCGUUAUCGGUCGACCCAGGUGGACCCAAGGACCCCCGGCGACCCAAGACGUCUGUAAAGGUCGUCCCUCCGCAACGAAAGAAGCCGACGCCGUCGAAAAAAAAACAACCGUCGCGUCCCACUUCGAGUGCGUCCUCCGUCGACCCCACGACACUUGACUUGUAA